ACCCGGAGCGAGAGAAUUUGAAAAGAGGCAUCGGCUCCCUCUCACACUCUGAGGGGGAGGCAGUCGCAUUUCCCCAAAUGAAAAAAAGCCACAAGAAAUCAUGAAGUAAAAACUUUGGAAAGCUGCCACCGGCACCGGAGAUGUUGCACAAAAACCUGGAAUCUUUUAGGAGUCUCCUCCCAGUCGCCGGAGGCUUGGGGAGCAGCUGAUACCACUGGAGGGAUCUUGCAAGGAUUCGAGUUCCGCAGCCCGGGGAGAAGCAGCACCGAGCGGGAGAGCGUGGCGAGAGAAUGAAGAAGCCAACCGCCUGGGAGAAGCAUGAGGUGGCAGUGCGGCACUCGGCUUAGAGGGCGGCGGCCGGCGGCCGCCCCGUGGGCAGCCCUGCUGGCUCUGGGCCUGCCCGGCUGGGUGCUGGCCGUGUCGGCCAACGCCGACUUCAUGGAGCGCUUCCGCCAGGGAUUCACCACCAGGUACAGGAUCUACAGAGAAUUUGCUCGUUGGAAAGUGAACAACUUGGCUCUAGAAAGGAAGGACUUCUUCAGUUUGCCAUUGCCUCUCGCCCCAGAGUUUAUCCGGAACAUCCGCCUCCUCGGAAGGAGACCCAACCUGCAACAGGUUACUGAAAACCUGAUCAAAAAGUACGGCACUCAUUUCUUACUUUCUGCCACCCUUGGAGGAGAGGAGUCUCUGACCAUUUUUGUGGACAAGCGGAAACUGAGCAGAAAGACAGAGACAACGGGAGGUGCCCCUGUCAUUGGGGGCAGUGGGAACAGCUCUGCUGUGUCCCUGGAGACCCUACACCAGCUGGCAGCCUCCUACUUCAUCGACAGAGAGAGCACGCUGCGACGGCUGCACCAUAUCCAGAUUGCCACAGGGGCUAUCAAGGUCACAGAAACCAGGACUGGUCCUCUGGGUUGCAGCAACUAUGACAAUCUGGACUCAGUCAGCUCUGUCCUGGUGCAAAGUCCAGAGAACAAAGUACAGUUGCUGGGCCUGCAGGUGCUGCUGCCCGAGUACCUGCGUGAGCGCUUUGUGACUGCAGCGCUCAGCUACAUCACAUGCAGCUCUGAGGGUGAGCUCAUCUGCAAGGAGAAUGACUGCUGGUGCAAGUGCAGCCCUACCUUCCCAGAAUGCAACUGCCCUGAUGCUGACAUCCAGGCCAUGGAAGACAGCCUACUGCAGAUCCAGGACUCCUGGGCCACUCACAACCGGCAGUUUGAGGAGUCAGAAGAGUUCCAGGCUCUGCUGAAAAGGCUGCCCGAUGACAGGUUCCUGAACUCCACAGCUAUCUCUCAGUUCUGGGCCAUGGACACCAACCUCCAGCACCGCUACCAGCAGCUGGGCUCCAGCUUGAAAGUGCUGUUCAAGAAGACUCACCGAAUUGUCCGCCGGCUCUUCAACCUCUGUAAGCGCUGCCAUCGGCAGCCUCGUUUCCGCCUGCCCAAGGAGAGGACUUUGUCUUACUGGUGGAAUCGAGUCCAAUCCCUCCUCUACUGUGGAGAAAGCACCUUCCCUGGCACCUUCCUGGAACAGAGCCACAGCUGCACCUGCCCAUAUGACCAAUCUUCCUGCCAGGGCCCCAUCCCAUGUGCCUUGGGCGAAGGGCCUGCAUGUGCCCACUGCGCUCCAGACAAUAGCACCCGUUGUGGGAGCUGCAACCCAGGCUAUGUACUGGCUCAGGGGCUGUGCCGACCAGAGGUGGCUGAAUCCCUGGAGAACUUUCUUGGGUUGGAGACAGACCUGCAGGACCUAGAGCUGAAGUACCUGCUGCAGAAGCGAGAUAGCCGCAUCGAGGUACACUCCAUCUUCAUCAGCAAUGACAUGCGUCUGGGCAGCUGGUUCGAUCCUUCCUGGAGGAAGCGCAUGCUGCUCACCCUGAAGAGCAACAAGUACAAGCCUGGGCUGGUGCACGUGAUGUUGGCCUUGUCCUUGCAGAUCUGCCUCACUAAGAACAGCACCCUGGAGCCUGUCAUGGCCAUCUAUGUCAAUCCUUUUGGGGGCAGCCACUCUGAGAGUUGGUUCAUGCCCGUGAAUGAGGGUGACUUCCCUGACUGGGAGAGGACUAAUGUGGAUGCAGCUGCCCAGUGCCAAAACUGGACUAUCACCUUGGGGAACAGGUGGAAGACCUUCUUUGAGACAGUCCAUGUUUACCUACGGAGCCGAAUCAAGUCCCUGGAUGAUAGCUCCAAUGAGACAAUCUACUAUGAACCACUGGAGAUGACUGACCCCUCCAAGAAUUUGGGCUACAUGAAAAUCAACACUUUGCAGGUCUUUGGCUACAGCUUGCCCUUUGACCCUGAUGCUAUUCGGGACUUAAUACUCCAGUUGGACUAUCCCUAUACUCAAGGUUCCCAGGACUCAGCUCUCUUGCAGCUCAUUGAGCUUAGGGACCGGGUAAACCAGCUUUCUCCACCUGGAAAAGUCCGACUUGAUCUCUUCUCCUGCUUGCUCCGGCAUCGGCUCAAGCUGGCCAACAAUGAGGUGGGCAGGAUCCAGUCCUCCCUGAGGGCUUUCAAUUCGAAGCUGCCAAACCCUAUUGAGUAUGAGACAGGAAAACUCUGUAGCUAAUGUGGAGGGAGACCACUCCAAUGCUGGGCAGGGAGGGGAUCCACAAAUCUGAGCUGCAAAGAUAUCUAAGCCCUCACCUUAGUGCCAACAGGGUGCUCCCACGAGACUGUCAGCACCCAGCAGAUGGGACCUUGAAGCUUGGACUGAAGCAGGCAGGAAAGAAAGAGCUAUUGCACACAUACACACACUCACACAAACACUCGCACACUUGCACACUCACACGGGGGGCUAAAAUUCAGCGGCCUCGAAUCUGUAAAGUUGGUGCUUUCCAAAAUGAAUUGAAGGAGAGGAGCCAAUGAAGAGAUUAAGAAAAAGAACCAGCCAAACCAUGAAACAAAUAUAAAACAAACCUUAAAAGUGAUUCUUGUCAUUCAAGAAAGCAAGAGGGGACAAAAAUGGGAGGGGCGGGAGCUCUUCCUCCCCCUCUGUGGAGUCACUUUUGUAUUCUUUUUAACCAGAUUUCUUAAAAUAUUGUUGUUUUGUGAAUCCCUACAUUGGUUCUCAUUUUUUGUAUGCUGCCUCCUCUGUGCCCUCCCCUACACUGACUGCUUCUCGGAACUUGCUCCCCUGGGAAACGUGAGAAAUGCACCCAACAGAGGAAAUUUAUGCUAAUGGCAGGUGGGCAAGUGGGCAGCCCCUCGCUCCUGUCCUUACUUCUCCCUCUCUCCAGCCCCCUUGCCUUGGCCUCCCCAGUUUCAGGGUUCUGACUUGUUUCAAGUUCCCCUCCUGGUCCAUCCAGAACUCCCCUUCUGACAGUUCUCCUUCUGUCCAAGAAAGCAGUUCUGUCAAGUUAGAGAGACAAUAUAGAGAGAAAUGUUCCUUUUUUAAAAAAAGAAAAAAAGAAAACAAAAAUAUUUAUUUUGUGAUUGUUUUUCUUGUUGAUUUGCUCCAGCCACAUGAACAUCUGAGUAAAAAUUUACCUGGUUUAAUAUAUUUUCUAAAAAGGCCUUUUAUUAGGGGAAAAGAGAAAAAACAUAGAGAAAAAAAAGCAUAGUGUCCUGGGUUGCCUGAACUUUUUUGAAAUUUCUAUAUGUGUGAUGGACGGUGUCCAUAGAUGGGGGACAUCACUGUGUGGAAGACUGGUUAAUAGUGUACUCACUAGUGAGUGCCUGCUUGUGUUCACUGUGUGUGCGUGUGUGUGAAAGAAAGAGGAAUGAAAUGAGGAGUGAGCUAGAAUUAUUCCAGAGAGUUAUCUCAGUAUCCCCCACCUUCUCCUUCCCCUGGUGUGAGGACCAGCCUAGGCCCUACAACCAAGAUUCGUCACUAUCAGAAGAGCAGCCUGAAAGGGCUUAUUCACUAUAGCUAUGAUGUUGGGGCAGAUGUCUAGUAAAGAGGCUCCUCUUCGUCCACGAAGCUAUGGCCAUCAGGAGAAUUUGCUGUAUCCUGAGUCUUUGACCUAGAAUUAUACUUGGAGAAAAUUGUGGAGGAUGCACGUGCAGCCAUUCUGUCUGAUUACCACUUUCCCAACCUAAAAAGCAGCUUUCACAUCUUCCACACUAAAUAAUACAUUCUCCUCCCCUUAGUGCCUCCCCCAGGUGGUACAGAAAUCACUUCAUAGCAUAUCUUCUGAAGAACCACUUCUCUGUCUAUGCUCUUCAUCUUCCAAGUAUGAUGCGUAGGCAUGACAACCCCAUUUUAUUCAGGAGAAAGUCACCACAUACAUACUAAGUAGCUCAUUCCCUACCUCUCAGUAUAAAAUGAAAUGGGAGACAAUGAGAAGAUGAUCAUGUCCACCCACCCA